UCCCCUUCGGGGGGAGGCGGCUGCGGCGGCUGGAACCACUUCUCAGUUUUUCUCGCGAUGCAGCUCUGCUGGGAGAUACCGGGCGUGUGCUGGCCGUCUGAUGGUCCGGAUAGGGAUGGGCUCGCGGAGGGUUCGGAGGGGCUCCUCUGCACCCACUUGAGGUAUCUUGUUGGUGCUCGGAGCUGCGCUGCCGAGGUUCGCCCGCACUGCAGAGGUGGUGCGGUUGAGGUAUUGUAUCUCCGUCUUCCCUCCAUCCGACGACAAAGUCGAUUGAUUGGAUUUCUGGGACUGCGGCAUUCGUGCUGUGCCUUGCCUCACUCUCCAGCCUUUCCAGCAUAUUCACUGUGAGUUCUCUAUUCCACUUAUCUGAACUAAUAGAUGCAUGAUACAAUUGCUCUGUGAUGACGAAUUUCAUUGAAAUUGAGUUAGAAUGUUGAGUACAAUAGAUACAACCUUGAUUCUCUGUCUGCAAUUUGCAUGAGCAGUGAUAUGAUCCUUCAAUUUUGAUUAGAAGGAGUCUGAUCUCCUGUGUGCUGAUUUUGCUUGAGUUAUCUAUCACUGCUUGUUAAUUUUCACUCCUGGACUUGAGUAGCAAGUAUUUCUGAAUUCAGCACAUUGUGGAGAUUGCUCAGCACUCAGCAGCUUGGAAUAGAUUCUAGAUUACUUUCUGUCCCUUGUGCAGAAAGGUUUUAAAGUUUUGUUAAUUAGUUCUGAGAAGGCUUGAUGCUGGCUGUGUGCUGAAUUCUGAUUUUCAGUAAAGAGCUUGAUGCUGGCUAUGUGUUGAAUUCUGAUUUUCAGUAAAGAUAUACUUGUUGUUAUAGCCAGGAAUUUGUGGAAUUCAGAUAAUUGUAAAUUAAGGUUGUCAUCUAGGUGUGAUAUCAUGUUCUAGCUUAAUUAGUGAGAUGAUUUAGUGGUCAGCUUGGGAGCAGAUCUUUAUUGAUCUGGAGCCAACUGAUAUGAACAGUCUGAGAGCCAUAUGAAUAUGUCAUCUAGUUCAAUUCAGAUUUUAUUUAUGGUUUACCUUCUCAGUGCUCAUGGUAUGAAAGACAUGUAUUUCAUAUUCUUGUCUUUGUUAUAUGUGAUCUACUGUUUUUAUUAUCUCCUUAGAGGAAUAUGUAUAUAUAUGCUAUUUAUAUCGCACAUAUUUCAACAAUCCAGAAAUCCAAUAGCUUCUGUGAUGGCUAGCUCUAGCUCCUUUGUUCCACCACCAUCGUCCUCGGACGCGAUUAAGCCUGAGAGCUUCGAUGGAACCGGCUUUAAGCGCUGGCAGGCCCGGACGAGGCUGUGGAUGAUGGAGCUCGGAUUAUUCUGGGUCCUCACCGAAGAGCCGCCCGCUCCUCAAGGGGAAGCCGUGCUAGACGAGGUCGAAAGAACUCGUCUCGAUGCGUUAAGGGCCCGUUGGGAGAAGGCAAAUGCCUCAGCCCUUGCACGUCUCCUGGCUGUUCUGUCAAACAGGCUCUUCGACGUCUACGUGGGAUUCGGGGAAGCACGGAAGGUGUGGACGGAGCUGAAUGACAAGUAUGCUGAAAGUGAUAAUGGCAAUGAGUCCUUCAUGGUGGCAAGCUACCUGAACUUUCGUAUGGGAGAUAGCAGAUCAGUCAUGGAACAAAUUCAUGAGUUACAGCUGAUCGUGCGUGACUUAGGCCAAUAUGGUUGUGUCCUCCCGGAGAACUUUCUGGUUAAUGCUAUUUUGGCCAAGCUGCCUACUUCUUGGCGUGACUUUGUCACUGCACGUCGACACUUAAAACAACGAUUGACUCUUAAUGAGCUCAUUGCUGCUAUAAAUGUCGAAGAGAAGUCAAAGGCAGGUUAUGGUGGGGCGAAGACGCCUGCUCAAGCUAAUCUUGUUGAGCACAAGAACCAUCCUGGGAAGAAUGUGAAGAAAGAGAAGGCCAAGCCUGGUUUCUUUGGACCGAAGACUAAUACUAUGAAGAAGAAGAAGAAGCCCGAGAUUAUCUGCUACGUCUGCGGUGGGUUGGAUCAAUAAGGCCAACAGAUGUCGCGAUCGUAAGGGCAAGGGGCCAACACCUGACCAGCAGAAGGCAGCCAAAGCCCAAGUACAUGUGGCAGUUGCAACGGUCGAUAAUGCCGGUAAAGGCGACGCCACUAGUGGGUAUGUACCUGAGGUCUUUAUGGCAAAUUCACUAGUAAGUUGGUGGGUUGAUACAGGUGCUACAAGGCAUAUUUGUGCUGAUCAGACAUGUUUUACUUCUCUCCAGGGCACAGACUGUGGAUCCGUACUGAUGGGGAACGGGGUCUCGGCAGCAGUGCGUGGAGUAGGACAAGUGAGCCUGAAGCUGACUUUCGGCAAGAUUCUUGUCCUGAAGAAUGUACUAUUUGUGCCUGCCAUGACCCGCAAUCUACUCAGUGGAUCGAUGGUGUGCCGGCAAGGAAUAAAAUUAGUCUUUGAGUCAAAUAAAGUAGUGAUGACCAGGUGUGGGUCGUUUGUAGGAAAAGGCUAUAAUUGCGGAGGCAUGUUCCGCAUUUCUACUCUUGAUAGCUCUGCAAAUAUUUUCUAUUCUUCAUAUUCUAAUAAGAACAUUGAUAUUUGGCAUUCUCGCUUAUGUCAUGUUAAUAAUGAAGCAAUUGUGCGUUUGAGCAAGAUGGAUCUUAUUCCUUCAUAUAAGUAUGAUAAGAGCCAUAAGUGCGAGGUGUGUGUGCAAGCAAAGCAGCCCCGUAAACCAUUUCAUACGGUCGAGGGGAGAAGCACCUCGCCACUUGAGCUGGUCCAUUCUGAUCUUUGUGAGAUGAAUGGAAUAUUAAUCAAGGGUGGCAAGAGAUACUUCUUUACUCUCAUAGAUGAUGCCACUAGGUUCUGCUAUAUCUAUUUGCUGAGAACAAAGGAUGAAGCAUUAGAAUACUUUAAGAUCUAUAAGGCCGAGGUGGAAAACCAGCUGGGGAAGACAAUAAAGAGACUGAGGUCUGACCGAGGUGGGGAAUAUAUUCCCAGGGAUUUCUCCGAAUUCUGUGAAGAAAGUGGCAUAAUCCAUGAAUUUACGCCACCAUACUCACCACAGGCCAACGGAGUAGCCGAAAGGAAGAACCGAACUAUUUGUGACUUGGUUAACGCCUUGUUACAAAAUUCUGGUAUGGCUAACUCUUGGUGGGGUGAGGCUGU